AUGGCAACUAAGGAAGUUAACGUUGACGUGCUUGUCAUCGGGGCCGGUCCAACUGGUCUUGGAGCAGCAAAGCGUCUUCAACAUCUGAACAGUGUCGACUGGCUCAUUGUUGACUCUAAUGAAACACCUGGCGGUCUUGCAUCAACCGACACGACCCCGGAGGGCUUCCUUUUUGAUGUUGGCGGACAUGUCAUCUUCUCUCACUACAAGUACUUCGACGAUAUUAUCAACGAAGCUCUUCCCAAGCCUGAAGAUUGGUAUGAGCAUCAACGUAUCUCAUACGUCCGCUACCAAGGUCUUUGGGUCCCGUACCCUUUCCAGAACAACAUUGCAGUUCUACCAAAAGAAGAACAGGCCCGUUGUCUUGGCGAUCUCAUCGACGCAGCCAUUCAAGCCCGCGCGCGUUCCCCAUCUGACAAACCUGCCAACUUUGACGAGUGGAAUAUUCGAAACGUUGGUGAGAGGCUGAAUGGGAUUUUUAUGCGACCUUACAACUUCAAGGUUUGGGCUAUUCCUACAAACAAGAUGAACUCGACUUGGGUUGGAGAACGUGUCGCGGCUCCUAAUGUCAAACUCGUGACUACCAACGCUAUUCUUGGUAAAGCAGCUGGUGGAUGGGGUCCAAACGCAACAUUCCGCUUCCCUGCUCGUGGAGGAACAGGCGGGAUCUGGACGGCUGUGGCGGAUACUCUUGAUCAAAGCAAGACUCGCUUUGGAGACCAUGGAACCACAGUCAAGUAUGGUGCACUUAUCUCUACCAUGGCUGUUGACCAGCUUGCGGAGACUAUUGGCGAUGCCAAACUCCAAAAGUCACUCAAGCCGCUUUACUACUCAUCGACCAACGUGAUUGGUGUUGGCAUUCGUGGAAAGCGACCCGAUCGUAUUGGCGAUAAGUGCUGGCUUUACUUCCCCGAAGACAACGCUCCAUUCUACCGAGCUACCAUCUUCUCUAACUACUCGCCCUUCAAUCAACCAAGCGAAGGUGUCAAGCUUGCAACCAAACAGCUUGCCAAUGGUGAUAAGCCUGCCUCCUCGGCGCCAGCUUCUGGUCCAUACUGGUCAAUUAUGCUUGAAGUCUCCGAGUCUUCCUACAAGCCCGUUAACCAGGCCACUUUGCUUGAAGAGAGUAUCCAAGGUCUGAUCAACACCGACUUACUCAAACCUGAUGAUGAAAUUGUCAGCACGUAUGUCCGUCGCUUCGAUCACGGUUAUCCAACCCCCACCCUCGAACGUGACUAUGCCCUCUCCGAGGCUUUUCCUUAUCUAUACGAUAAGGAUAUUCUGUCUCGUGGUCGAUUUGGAGCGUGGAAGUAUGAGGUUGGUAAUCAGGACCAUAGUUUCAUGCAAGGUGUCGAGGCAGUUGACAAUAUCAUCUCCGGUGGCCUGGAGUUGACGCUGUCGAACCCCGAUUUUGUCAACUCUCGAAAGAAUACUGAGCGUCGUUUAGCUGGUAUCAAGGGUGCUCGGAAGUAG